AUGUCAGCCACCGAAAUCGACACUCUGUGGCGCUUCGCGUUUGGCGAAUCAGCUAUCCGACCCCUGCCCUACAGUUCGGAAGAGCUGGGCGACGAUGGAUGGCGACCACUGACGGAUCCGCAAAAAUUCAUCAUGAACCUGGCCAAUCUGAACCAGCAACAACUCUACGCCGCGAGUGCUAACAAUCAACUGGCCAUGAUAGACGCCCAGAACGAAUACCUGGAGCUAGAACGCCACAUCGCCAACAUCAAGGGCAAAGAAAUCACCAAAAAUCCCAGAGAUCUCCCGGCACCGGAUGUCUUUGAGGAAAGGAAAGAAGCGGCGCUGUACGGUUACAAGUAUGAUGCCAAUCGCCCAGCGCUUCUCCAUGCCGGCAUUCCUGGUCUGAGAUCUGCCGAUGAUCUGACCGAGAGGGAAAAACACGAUGUGCGCUUGUUCCAAGAACCCUUCGAGCAAGGCGGCUUUGUGCCCAAGGAGAGAGAGUACAAGGCCAGGCUCGCCAAAGCCAAAGAUCCCAGAAACGUCGACGGCUGGAUCCCCAUCGAAAAGGACGGCAAGCUCCUCAUUCCACGUCAACAAACUCACCAUGAAGAAUACAACAUCACAUAUGUUAAGCGCAAUGUGGAUGAAAAUGGUGAGAUUAUUCGACCUCAAUCGCCCGAAGGUAGCGAAGUCCCUGGUGAAACUCCAGACAAGGCCGUCAACAAACGGUUGACCAGAACUCGUUUUGAUGGCAAAAAGUUCCCGCCCACGCGAGACGUGUCGGAGGCUCCGUCGACAGCUUCUACUCCAAAUGGCAAAAAACGAGCAAGCCCCUCAGGAGCCGACACCAGGGAAGAUACCCCUACUUCGAAACGCCGGAAGAUCCAUCUUACCGUCAAUGGUGGCGAACAGCCUAAACCGAAGCAUCCGAAUCAAUAUACCAAAGCAAAGGAGAGAGAAUUGGCUUCGACCACGCAAACCGCCCCGGCUCCAGCUAGUGUCAAACCCGUAAUGCCGUCAUCGUCGUCAUCGUCAAAACCCACAUGGCGGGAGUUGUCGCCCAUGUCGAAACGCACACACAAGUGGACAGACCCGGACUUGAUCGAGUCGAUCAAGGAAGAUCACUCGUGGUUGCAUGAUGACCCCAAAAGGGCAGAAGAGUGGAAGCACAAGCUCCUCAAUGGCAUCAAUCCAGUUCGAAGCCUGAGCAUGCUGCUCAAAUGGAACUACUGGCAAGUGACCAACCAAGCCAAGAGACCACGGGCGAAAAAGAACGCGGCGGAACCAGAAGAAGCAGUCAAAGAAACCGAGGACUCCAGCGAGUCUCAAAAGCCGAGACGAAGGGUGACCAAGCCCAAAAUGGCGGAGGACAGCGAGCGAUCAACACCUGCAACGACGCCGGCGCCAGAAGCCGUCAAUGGCGUGGCAACACACGCGCCAAAGCUGGGAGUAAACACACGAGCAACGAAGUCCUUCCGAAGAGCACCUGGGGCGGAAAACGCCACUUUCAGAGACAAGGACUUGGAGCAAGAUAAGCGCAAUGGCACGAACAGUGGAAAACAGGCAGUCCUUCCUCAGCUGCACAAUCCCGAAGACGCCUCUGGUUCUCCCCUGCACGCCCUCGUCAUGACCAAGAAGAAGCGUCACCAUCCCGAUGUCGAAGAGGUGCUCGCACGGCCAUGGUGCUACUACUGUGAGCGCGACUUUGACGACCUCAAGAUUCUGAUCAACCAUCAAAAAGCAAAGCACUUCAAAUGCGAAAGAUGCGGUCGAAGGUUGAACACGGCAGGAGGCCUCAGCGUCCACAUGAGUCAAGUCCACAAAGAGAAUCUCACUGCCGUCGACAACGCCCUCCCUAACCGAGCGGGUUUAGAUAUCGAAAUAUUUGGAAUGGAAGGGAUACCCGAAGAUAUUAUCCAACAACAUAAUCAGCGAGUCCUGACCAACUUUCACCAAGCCCAAGCUGACCGGCAGGCGGCUUCUGGCAAUAAUGCUCAAGGUGCCCAGCAUCCGAACGCCCCCAAGAAACCCAAGAUCGAAUCUGUUUCCGAUAUUAAGAAACGUCUGGCAGAACACAAGGCUGCCAAACUGGCUGCUGAGCAAGCCGAUGGAGGAAGCAGUGGUGGUGGCACUCCUAACCCCCCUACAGCUACUAUAGUCCAAGCCAAACCCCAGAUAAACACGGCAGCGUCUCCAACCUACCCUGGAUAUCAACAACCCUAUGCAGCGCCACCUACGAAUGGUUCGUACAGUCAAGCCCCUUCCUUCGCCCAACCCCCAACCGCUUUAUCUGCUCCGUAUCAGGCAUCACCUAUAUAUCCUUCUGCCGGAUCUCCGCCUGCUGGCGAAGCCUACGGCCAACACGCUGCAACUCCACAGCCUGGGCAACCUGGAUAUGGGCAGAUACCAUACCCUCCACAACCAUACGUUCAACCGCCGCAGCCAUCAUUUCAGCCGCCGCAACCUUCACCGGUGGGAUAUCCCCCACAACCGAGUUUUUCACCACCUCAGUACACGUCACCUUAUCCGAGCCAAGCCUAUCCUCCCCAACCCGCUGGACCUCCACGUCCAUUUGCAUCGGGAUCUCCAGUCCCAGGGUUUCCUCAGCCACCCCCAGCUCUUGCACAACGCUCCCAUUCGCCUGCUACAAACGGAUUGCCGCAGAGGCCCGCUUUCGGUGCUCCGCCAGUCAAUGCUUUCCAAUUUCAACAAAUGCAUCAAGGUCAGAUCCCUGCUCCACAAUCCCAUAACAUUGUGCCGCAGUACGCUCCCGGACAGACUCAAGGCAGCACAAGCACGCAAGUCCCGCCACAGGUUCCCAUACCGGACCAGCCUUCUGCUGUUGAAGCUCAAGAUGCCUCGUCUCUUGAUGACUUGAUUGCAAAUGCUUCGAAACAAGCUGAUGCCGAUGCCGCCGCCGCUGCUGCCGAGGCUGUCGCCAAACCCAGUACGCCACUUGCCACCACUGCGUCGGCCACCACCAAGGACGAAGCCAGCGAAGAUAAGGCUGGACCGAAGAAAGACAAGGAGAAGGAGAAACCAAAAGCAACCAGGUUGGUCUACUCUGAUAACGAGACAAGUCCUGAAGAGAAGAUGGCCAUGUUGCCAAAGUACGCAUUUACUCCUGCACAGAAAACAAUUGUGGUCUAA